UUUCUUUAAACUGUUUAUUUUCAUUUGCGGUUUCUCUAAUGGAAAGUGACCGGCGCAUUAUCGGUUAUAUGAAGCAAUAGAGAAAUGAGGUCUUCCACAGUUUUAAUCAGAUUAAGGUUUCAAAUCGGACGUUGUCAUCUUUGCAUUGAGGGCCACUUGCUCUGUAUGCUAACAGUACUUUUUGUACUCAGUACUCGAAAGCCAUAAGAUAAUUCUAAGAAAUUAAAAUUAACAAUGCAAAAAGUAAAAUCCUUGUAACUACAUUAAAAGGACUGUAUUCAUAAGUUCAAGUGACUUUUUCAUAUAUGCAUAAGCAUUAAGCAUUUCUGAUUCACAACGGUACUAAUUUAACCUUUGUGUGAUAUCCUGAAUAUUGCUGAAUGAGAUAUCCUUCCUGUUAAGAUAAAAAAAACGAUAUAUGAUUCUGCUCUUUUUAGUAACAUCUUCAGUUCCUUUAAAGAGGUUGAAUUUUUUUUUAUAGUUUUAACCAACCAGAUUCGGCCAUUGUAUAUCCUAAACAGUGUUAUUAUAUUCCCAUGUAUCUGUGAUAGUUAAAAUACGUAGAAGUUUCUAGACUAUGCAAUUAUUUCAGAAGAAGAAUGGCGGUGAAUAUUCGAGUAAAAGUCCAUCCCGUUGUCUUAUUCCAGAUUGCGGACUCAUACGAACGAAGGUCCCAGGAGAACCACAGGGUUAUUGGUACCCUGGUCGGGAGUGUGGACAAGCAGUGUGUCGAGGUGACAAACUGCUUCUGUAUACCCCACAAGGAAUAUGAAGAGAGGGUGGAGGCCGACAUUGUCUAUGCUCAGGACAUGUUUGACUUAAAUAAGAAAGUAGCACCUCAAGAGAUGCUGGUCGGAUGGUUUGCAACAGGAAGUGAAAUAACCAGCCACAGUGCUCUUAUCCAUGAUUACUAUGCCAGGGAAACUAAGGACCCAAUUCACAUGACCCUGGACACUACCCUUGUAAAUGGUAGGAUGACAAUGAAGGCCUAUGUGUUUGUACCUCUAGGAGUACCUGGAGCAACUUCUGGUUCCAUGUUCACUCCGGUUCCAAUUGAGGUUACUGCAUCUGAGCCUGAGAUUGCAGGUCUAGACCUUCUUCACAAAACUAAAUACAUGAAGACUAGAUCUGUUGAACCAAUGCCUGAUCUUACCAAGAUUUCUGAAGCUGCUAAUAGGAUGGAAGUCAUGUUAGAUGCCCUUCUUCAGUAUGUUGAGGGUGUUCUGGACGGAAGUAUAUCUCCGGACAACGCUGUUGGAAGAACAGUUUGGGACCUGGUACAAUCAGUACCUAAGAUGGAUACUGUUGAGUUUGAGAAGAUGUUGAACUCGAACCUGAGAGAUCUUCUCAUGGUCAUCUACUUGUCCCAGCUGACCAAAACCCAACUCCAGCUCAACGAGAAGCUCUCCAUGGUCUCAGUUAACAACAUCAGGGAAAUGGCAAAGAUCAUUCCGGAGUAAGGUGUUGAAGAAGUCCCUCUUGUCCACGGUAGACAAGCAUUGAUCUACAGACUCACAUUUAAACUUAUACAGUACAUACACAACCGGUUUAUUAUUAUAAAUAAAGAUCAACUAUUUGUAAACAAACCGCUUUAGGACUUGUAUAACUUGGUGUCUAGGUAUUUGCAAGUUCCCCUGAAGGGAGGGGAACAGGGGCUUCGCCCCCCCCCCUCUUCAGAGGAUAUCUUACCAAUUACAAUUUCAGA